AUGAUUGAGGACCUCUCCAGAAAUGUAAGUAUCCAUUUUAAUAAUGCUUGUUAGUGUAGAAGAGAUAUGAAUCUAGUGGAGAUAGUCGUGAUGGUAAAUGUGGCCUUAAAUGUUUACCACCAGUGUAACUGCAUAUUGAUUGCAGUGAAUAUUCGUUUUAAAGUUGUACUUAGUAAACAUCAGCGUGAUAAACGUCUGUAAAUUGUGUGAUUGCAUGUUUUGUUGGACAUUCUGUCACUAUUUUUGUGACGUUUUAUUUUUAACGUUUUCUAAGUGUUCGUAAUUUACUCGUUGAGACAAUGUUCGCUAUAUGGUGCCUCUCGCUUAUAAGUCGGAAGGCAACACGAGGGCACUGAAUACGUUUAUUGGUGACGUAUCACAAAUUGGCCAGCAGACCAAAAAUGCACGAAUUGGGGAAAACACACUGGCGAGCGAAUUCAUUAAUUCGUGAUUGCAUGAAUGUAGUGGAAUGGAGAAGGCUAAUGAGCCGAUUCGAGUAGAUAAAGCAUCACUUAUAUUGUGUGAUCAGACAAAAAUACCGCUGACAUGUAAUAAGUUCGAUAGGCAAGCUCAUGGACGAAUGAAUGCGACGAAUUAUUGACAAGUUCAAAAUACAGGUGAGACAAGUCAUCUGAGCUACAAACUAAAUCAGUCAGCACAGUUUUAUUAGGCGACACUAUGACAAGAAUUUACCGUAAAUGUUACAAAUGUAUUUUACACUAAUUCUCUUAACUAUUGCUUUAUCAAUUGAAUUUUUUCUAGCGCCAGUCUGUCAUGGUGUUGAAUCAAGCAAACAUGUCUAUGAUUGACCGAAGAUUGUUACUUAUUGAACAAAUGAUUGAGGACCUCUCCAGAAAUUAUGGCGCAUUUUUCGGUCGUGCUGGUGGCUGGUUUAUUCUUACUGUGCAUGACUUUUGCGAAGUUUGUUUACGUGCCUUAACAUUUCCUCGAAUAUAACGGAUCUAACUGCAUAUAUAUUUCUAGUUCUUGUUCGUUAUUUUUGUUUAAUUUGUUGUUGGUUGUUCAACUUGUUUAUAUUUAUAUAUAUAGUUCGUUCAAACUGACAAACUGUUCAUAUGAUAAUAGACUUAUUUGAUAUCUAUACUAAUUUAUGACUUGAAGAACUUACUAGGUUAGAGAAGUGAUUGAACUUCGGGUUGUAUUAAUUAUUUACCCGAAUAUGAUUAUUAGAAGAGAUUAAGUGUAUAAAGAUGUUUAUUUGAUGUUAUCUGUUUCAUACUCUAUGAAGUCAUAAAUAUAUAUAUUAUAUAUAUAUUUCAUGAGACCACAUGAAAAGUGACUGCUGAAAGUGGUGAAAAAGUUUUGAAAGAAUUCUGCACUCUGUUUUUAUCCACUAAUGUUGAGAGCAGUGAGGUUUGUAGUUAUUGAAUGUUCUAAAACAAUCCAGUCCAUCCAUUUUUGAUCGGGAUCCAGCUGGAGAGUCUUAUGAACUUAUUGUCCCAUAGAGUUGUCCCCUAGACAACGCAGGUACACUGAAUUAGUUAUUGUUUCUA